AUGGCCUCAAUUAUGAGUGCACUAUCAGAACAAGGCUUUUUAUCAAAUAUUCUACGUUACGGUUAACGUCGCUUAGCGACCUAUUUUCAUUAAUCAAUGUUGAACGUUUUAUCGAACGUAACUUCGUAACUCAGCUAAAGAUGAUAAAUCGUUCAUUUUAUGUGAUAAUUAUCAUCUGACGACUCGUGAAAUGACUCGUAUGAACAUUGUGUUUUGCACAAUUGUCUUCAAAAUUUUACGAAAUACUUUCAUUUCAAUAUUUCGAAAUUUCAUUUCAAGAAUCACCGCUCCAUCUCGAUUGCUCGAUUUCUAGUUUUAUUAUCACCUAUGAUAGAGCUCAACUAUAUACGGUGAUUCAGAUUUUUUUCGCGAGACAAAGCUAGCAUAUUCUACGUAUAAAUACAUAUUAUUACACGUGACGAAGCUAGCACGCUGUUUGGUUUUCAAUUUGAUGAAAGAUAGAAACAAACUGGUUGUAUUUAUGUUAGUUCCAUUUCAACACAAGAUAAACAUGAUAAAUCUGAGCUUAUUUGUUCACAUAAAGAAAACAUUGAAACAUGCAACUUUAAAGCUCUACCCGAAGGCACGCCCAUUAUCGCAUCGGAACGCGAACGUUACGAUGCCGGAGACACUUUGAGGGCAAAUUGUAGCUUACGACCGUCGAAGCCACCGGCUCAUCUCUCAUUCACCCUGAACAACGCGGCGAAAAUCUAUCAAAAAGGACGGUGAUACGUCUGAUUGGAAAUAUUGAAACUCUACGUUUGAAAUGCGUGAAAACUAUUAAUUCCACAGCGCAAUCUACAACGUUUGUGAUUCGGAGACAAGACGAGAUUUCUGACGUUUGAUAGUCUGACUCUAAGUUUAAAUCUCCAUGAAAUUUUUGCUUUUUCAUUAGAUUUUUUUCUCAUUGGCUUACGUCCUCCGCCACUGUCAGAAAGAACAACACCUGUAUACCGACGUAGAAAUAUGCUCACGGCAGAUAUAAACUUUCGUGAAAUUUCGCUCGCGUGGAAGUUAGUUAAACCAUACAUCGCCACCGCUGACUACGAGGAACAUUUCAUUUUCUGUAAUGUAGGACGCUGUGGAUACAGUAUCGAAAUGUCUCACGUAACACGUAAAAUCUAUACCGUAGUACAGAAGUCUUUAACGACAAGUGUUCAAAUGCUAUCGCGAGCUGGUGUAAUUAGAAACGAGAUGUCGAGAUAA